GUUGCCUCUGACUUCACGCUGUAGGAGCAUCUCGCCGCUGGUCAGAGGAAAGAUUGUGUUCAUUUAUUCUUGUCCCAAAACUGACGAUUUGCAGUUAAUAUCAGAAACACCGAAGCACCAGGUGGACGCAUUCGUCGCGUGCUGUCAAGAAAGCAGCAUUAUGCGAAACAUAAAGUAAAUCCAGAGGCGGGUUAUGAUCAGCACCUCUGUGAAGUGAGAUAAAGAUGUCAGAUCCACACAGUCACCACAUGCACCCAACCGUGCAGUCUGCCGUCUCAGACCCUCACGGGGACCAUAUGACGUCCCCCGACGCAGGCCAUGGGGAUCACAUGAUGAUGAUGAUGCAAAUGACCUUCUACUUCGGCUGCAAAAACGUGGAGCUGUUAUUCGCUGGGCUGGUCAUCAACACACCAGGAGAAAUGGUAGGCGCAUGCAUUGGUGUGUUCUUGCUGGCUGUGUUCUACGAGGGCCUGAAGAUCGGCCGCGAGGUCCUGCUCAGGAGGAAUCAGGUGAACGUGCGUUACAACUCCAUGCCUGUCCCAGGAGCUGAUGGCACCGUGCUCAUGGAGACGCAUAAAACAGUCGGCCAGCGGAUGAUGAGUCUGGCGCACUUCUUACAGACGUUCCUUCACAUCAUCCAAGUGGUGGUCAGUUACUUCCUCAUGCUGGUGUUCAUGACGUACAACGGCUACCUGUGCAUCGCAGUGGCGGCGGGCGCCGGCUUCGGCUACUUCCUGUUCAGCUGGAAGAAGGCAGUAGUGGUGGAUAUUACUGAACACUGUCAUUAACUUCUCCCGUGUAUAACCUCGAAAAACCACCACUUCACGAUCCCAACGUGCACCGCAACUCUAUAUGUGCUGGGCACGAUAUGAUUUUUGUAAAUCUCUGUUAAUUUUUAACCUUUUAUUUUGAAUCAAAUUAGCCCCGUAUUUCAUAUCUCAACAACCGUUCAUCAUCAACAUCACAGCCUAUCAGUCUACCUCCAUAGUACUGACAUUAUUUGUAACUUCUCGCAAAUUAUUAAGGUUAUGAUGGUGCGAAAGAGCCUUACUAAACCUUUUGCCUUAAAUGAGGGAACGCACGCAUACCCCCCAAGAGGGCGACUGUAGACUCUAAAAGCCCAACUGGAUCUGGUGGACCCAAUAUACAAGCACUAGCGGUGGGAGGGUGGUUUUUUUUGGUUGGUUUUCUUUGAGGUUGUUAUGGCCAAGUGUUUCAAAUCGCUGAAACGACCGUUAAUAAUCAGUGACCAUUGUUUAGACAUAAACACUGGACUGAAUGAUGUUUGCACAAGAAAGAGAGCUUUUGGGACUCUUGAGUUUGCAGAGUUUCAAGUCGAACUUUGCUCCCUUUGGAGUGCUUUUAAGUAAAUACAGGGGGGAAAAGUGGAAUAUAAAUUAUAUCUGAUGCCAGUGUCACCGACUUAGUUUUAUAAUUUAUAUUUGUAACACUCAACUGUACUUGUUAUCAGUCUUUUCUGGCAAUCUUUAUGUGGAUCCUUUUACGUUAUGACAUUUUUAAAUCCAAAAACUGUGGCGCAUUUGUGAUGUUGAGCGAAUCGUGAGCUGUUAAAAACAUUAAGGUCAUCGCUCUGAUAGUUACUGGGUCUCGGUAAUGUGAAUUUUACGCGGAAAAUGAAGAUAAUUAUGCUCCUUAAUUAAAAGGAGUGUGCCUUUUACAUACAGGACCCAAUAAAAGUGCCCAAAGAGUGUCUCAACUGCUUUCAAACACAAAGCUUUCUUAACGAGAAAACCACAUUUUAAACGUGUGGGUUUUGGAAGAAAGCCCGUUUUUUGUUCCUUUUUAAUUUUUUUUUUUUUUGCUGAAAAACUCUUCACGUCAUGUUUUUGUAGCAGCUGUCACUUUGUAGAAUUGGAUCUGAGGUUCUGUUCUUCAUCACGGUGGGCAUUCAUACCGCUGAUUUCUUUCAAAAGCAAAGGUUUGCUUCGUCUUAACUACAACUGUAGACCGAACCUCAUUUCCAGUGCUGUGGCAAUCUUAAGAUUUCUUAGUCUGUUUACAGUCCAGUCAAGUCUGUAGAGUAAUGUACUGUAAUCAUAAGGAAAAUGAAGAAUAAAUAUUGUACGACUUCAAAGAUA